UUCCGAAGUCGUCGGUGACAUCAUGCGGAAGUUUUCGUUUAGCGCCAUCUUCUUCAAUAAUAUUAUGAGGAACAGUCACUUCAGCUAAGUCGUCAUAUGUAUUUUGAUGACGGGACUUAUGAUUCAAUCAGGAUGACUGCACUACCCUUGGAAUCCUCAUUGCCACGCCUAACAUGACAUGGAGGACGCAGUUAGUCGCAGUUCACUGGAAUCCUCGUCUACCGGUGACGACUAUGUUGUCGUCAAUGGGGAGCCCAAACUGAAAAUAACUGGAGAUAUCAAUGACCUUAACAUGGAGAUAUCGGUUGACAGCCCCCCAGACCAGAUGACAUCAACUCUGACCUCCAGUGAAUCAUUGUCAACGGACAUCCGGCUGGGGGAAAGUAAUAAAGGGGACCAUGUCCUCCCGAGUAGCCAGUCAGCCGAUGUCAUCAGUGCUCCUGCAGGUGAAUUUGCUCGGGAGAGAUCAACCUCCUUGCCAGCUUCACCUUUCCAAGGAGAAACUGUAUUCAAUGGAGUUACCUACCUUGGCUGUGCUCUCGUCAACGCACCAAGGAGUGAGGUGGAGAUCUACCGCAACAUGGCCAUUCUAAACGACCAAUCACAGAUGGCCAUCCCUAUCAUUCUGUCGGUUCCAAGCACGUCACAUGGAGUUGUGAGACCUGAUGGAUGUGUUAGGAUACUGGAUCCGAGUACCAACACAGAUAUAACCUCCUACAAGAUCCACCGUAUCCUGUUCUGUGCUAGGGGGCCAGCCGAUAGCGACGAGAGGCUUUGUUUUGCAUUCACAUGUAGCCACGGUGACUCGGCAGAAUCUGCCAUUUUCCAGUGCCAUGUCUUUCGAUGUGAGCUAGCAGAAGCGGUUGCGAAGAUUCUCUACUCCUUCGCCACCACAUUUCGCCGAGUACCCAAGAACACCAGGUUGUUGUCGAGCACUAGCAUCAUAGAAACAGAACAAACUGCCAUCUUUACUGUCUCCUUGGAAAUCAAAGAGGAUGAUGGGAAGGGGAACUAUUCUUACUGCCCCAAGGACAAGAACAUGUUCAAGUUGCGCUGUAACAGUGAAAAGAACAUCAUGAUCAGUGUUAGUCAGACAGGAACCCGGGAACUCAAAAUUGAGAGAUGUUUUGGUCUUUUGAUAUCACCAGGGAGGAAUGUGAAGCACGGGGAUAUGCAUCUUAUAGAAAUGAACUCCAUGGGAUACACAGGAGAUGGGAAGUCCUACUCUAUAUCUGGAAACUGGGAUCCAACGGAAAAGUGCUUUGCUGUACUCAACACAGAGACACCAAAAGAUACUCGUGUGUUCCUUACCAUUGCUGUAGAUUUAGUUAUUCAUGGAAUUCAAGAGCCUGUACGAUUUGCAAUGGAAACAAAGGCAAAAAUCUUUCCCCAAACAGAGAGAUUUUGGUACUUCACGAGAAAACCAUAUCAGGAGCAGUUUCAUGUUAAGCUGAGACCGUCUGAGUUGGAGAGUCCAGAUGCAGAUAUCCAGAUGUUGGAUGUGGUUGGGGUACAGAGCCAGACAGAGAUAGACCGUAAGAAGGCAGGCAUGAGUCUCCAGGGUCUGAACACCUCACGACAAAUACCCGACGACAUCCAGACGCCGCAGGAGCCAGACGAAGAAUCAGAUGGUGAUGAACCGUUACUCAGUGGCUCCGGUGUGGUCAGUAAGGAGGUGACCGAUGAGAACCUACUGGACGCCUGGCACGAGACACUCACCAAGUGGCACCAGAACCUCGCCCAACGCCCCAAGCAGGUACACCACCUGGUGAGGAAAGGCAUCCCAGAGGCCCUUCGCGGGGAAGUCUGGCAGCUCCUGGCUGGCUGUCACGACAACUCGGAACUCCUUGAGGCAUAUAGGGUCCUCAUCACUAAGGAGUCCCCCAACGAAUCUGUGAUACAGAGAGACAUCAACCGCACAUUUCCAGCCCACGAUUUCUUCAAGGAGACCGGCGGACUGGGCCAAGAUUCCCUCUAUAGGAUCAGCAAGGCAUACUCUGUGUACGAUGAAGAAAUUGGAUACGUACAAGGGUUGUCUUUCUUGGCUGCCUCACUUCUCCUCCAUAUGCCAGAAGAACAAGCAUUUGCGGUUUUGGUGAAGACUUGCUUUGAGUAUGGACUCAGGGAUUUCUUCAAACAAGGAUUUGAGGAGCUUCAUCUCAAAUUUUAUCAGCUUGAUCGUCUUAUGGAGGAUCAGCUUGCAGACCUCCACGACCACUUCAUGGAGAUGAACCUGGAGACCCACAUGUUCGCGUCGCAGUGGUUCCUCACCCUGUUCACAGCCAAGUUCCCUCUCUACAUGGUGUUCCACAUCCUCGACCUGUACCUCUGUGAGGGAAGGGAAAUGAUGUUCAAUGUGGCAUUAGCAUUACUGAAGAAUUCCAGAAAAGAUCUGUUAGCCCUAGAUUUUGAAGGGAUAUUGAAAUAUUUCCGUGUCCAUCUGCCUAAGAAAUAUCGUACUGAAGAAUCAGCUAAGGAUUUGAUGCAAAUGGUCAUCAGCAUCAAGGUGUCGAGUCGUAAGCUGAAGAAGUACGAGAAGGAGUACAUGGCCAUGAAAGAACAAGAGAUGCAACAAGAGGACCCUGUGGAGAGGUUUGAGCGUGAGAGCAAGCGUCUGUUGGAGGCAAACAUGCGUCUGGAACAGGAAAAUGAUGACCUAGCACAUGAGCUUGUGGAGAGUAAGCUGGCCCUGCGGAGUGAACUGGAUCAGAUCAAGAAUUAUUCAACUGGGUACCAGGACCAGUGUGAGGAACUGACCACAGACCUGGCCGUCACAAAGAAGCUGCUGACUGACACACAGGAGGAGAAACAGAGGCUGGAACACGAGGCCACACAGGUUAAAGAGAUGUGCCGUAGGGAACUUGAUCGUGUGGAGGCCGAGAAUGGCAGAAACUCUGCCAUCAUCGCCGACUACAAACAGAUUUGUUCCCAACUGAGUGAGCGACUAGAGAAACAACAGACAGCCAACAGAGAAGAGCUAAGCCGGAUAAUGUCUCAGGUGAAAGGUUGUGAUCAGUGUUCAAAAAUGUUUGCUUCUGAUGGGAAAGUUCAGCUCCCGGAACCGAAACUAGACCCAGAUAGUGUCAACCCAAAGAUUGUAGAUCUCCACCGACAGAUACGUGAGCUUGAACUUGAACUGGCACAGACAAAACUGGCUCUAGUGGAGUCUGAGUGUAAAACCCAAGACCUCACCCACCAGCUGAACUCGGCUGUCACAGAAAUACAGGCCUCCAAGAACACUUGGUUCCAGAAAACCAUUAAUUCCAUCAAAGUAGCCACGAACCCCGGCAGUACUAAAAAGGACCAGAAAGAGUGAUGUCUGUUAACUAUUGAUAAUGAGUAUUCAGAGUAGGUUGUGUGUGCUGGUAUGCUUGUGUGUGGAUAUAUUGAGCAGUAGCCUGUUAUGCAGGGCACUGAAAUUUACCACGCUCCCUAGUCAAAAAGUUCAUUUGCAAAAACACACACACUUAUUUGUGAUUUAUAUUUAAAACGCCGUGUAUGGGAGAAAGACUUUUAAAAUAUCACGCUUGAAAUUUCAUAUACUUUGUAUCCAAGAGCGUGUUUUAUGCUUUAUUGCAUUAUUCCUGACAAGUUAUAAUGCCAUUCAGCGAUCACUCAAAACAUUGAAUAUAUAUGACAGUUCCACGGGUUAACAUUGAAUAUGCCGAGAGCACGAACACAAUGCUUCAGACUGGUAUAAAUGGUACAAAACAAUUACAUAAAAAAGUAUGUAAGAGUUCAGCUAAUCUCAUUGCAUUUAUAACUGGUAAAGAAGAAGGCUUGGUAUUGCUGACAAAGCUUUCUCUCUGGUACCCAUUCAUAGGGUCAUAGAGUGUUACUCCAAAAGCUCUGUUUACCCAGUUAUUCAAAGCAUGGUAAGCUUAACAAGUUGUUGGCAACAAAUUUUUAAAAUCUAAUUUUUGAAAAAUGUCUGAAAAUUUAGCAAUAUUUGGAUGUGUCGUACAGUACAGCCUUAGCUUCCUGCAGUAAUGGGUAUUUUCUGUUGAGGGAUAUGCCUGAUGUAUGUGGUGCUAUUGUGGAUACUAAUCUGGUCACUUGUUGUUAGAGGAGUUAUAAAUUUGGUCACAUGGUGUUAAAUGGAUACCUGUCUGGUCACAUGGUGUUUGAGGGGAUAUCUGGUCACAUGGUGUUAAAUAGAUACCUGUCUGGUCACAUGGUGUUAAAUAGAUACCUGUCUGGUCACAUGGUGGUAAAUGGAUACCUGUCUGGUCACAUGGUGGUAAAUGGAUACCUGUCUGGUCACAUGGUGUUAGAGCUACAAAUAUGGACAUGCAUUGUUAGAAGGAUCCAUCUGGUUACAUGAUGUCCGAGCAAAACAGUCUAGAUACAUGUACAUGAUGUCGGAGCGAAACAGUCUAGAUACAUGUACAUGAUACUGGAGGGAAACUGUUUUGACAUGUGAUGUUGGAGGGGAUAUCUGGUCACAUGGUGUUGAAGGGGAUAUUCGGUCACAAGGUGUUAGAAACAGUCUUGAGGUGUUAGAGGAGAUAACAAUCUGGAUACGUUGUGUUUGAGGGAUAUCUGGACUCCUGGUGUUUCAUGGUCUGGGAAAUAGUCUGGUCACAUGGUGUUGGAGGGAAACAGUCUUACACAAGUAAUGUUAGAGAGAAACAGUCUAGACAAAAGGUGAUAGAGGGGAAACAGUGUGUACACAUGCUGUUAGGGGAAACAAUGUGUACACAUGCUGUUAGGGGGAAACAAUGUGUACAAAUGCUGUUAGGGGGAAACAAUGUGUACACAUGCUGUUAGGGGGAAACGAUGUGUACACAUGCUGUUAGAGGGAAACAAUGUGUACACAUGCUGUUAGGGGAAACAAUGUGUACACAUGCUGUUAGAGGGGAAACAAUGUGUACACAUGCUGUUAGAGGGAAACAAUGUGUACACAUGCUGUUAGAGGGAAACGGUUUGAUCACAUGGUGUUUAAAGGGAAGCCGACUGGACACGAGUUGUUAGAGGGGAAAUAUGUCUGGGGACAUGGUUUUGAAGGGGAUACCAUUAUGGUCCCAUAUAUGAAGUACCUGUCUAGAGGUCAAGGUCAGAUAUUGUUUAAAGUUUGUGACACACAUCUCAAUUGGAGAUUGUUUUAAGUUAGUGCAGCACUUGCUGCUUUUCAAUAAGUCAUUCCUACUCGGUAUGGGGGCACUUUUAUGCCCAAAGAAUGAAAGCAGUUGGUAAGUGUGUAAUUUUCUUCAAUGCAUGAUAUGGUUGAACAGAUUUCAAACUUAAGAGUGGAAAGUUGUAUGAUGUGUGAUCGAGACUAUUCUUUGAGAGAACAUUAAUAUAUAAAUCCAACUUGUUGUUGAUUUCAGUAAGUAUUUAAAUCUGAUAUUACUACUAAGUAUACUGUUAAACCUUUGCUGUUCAUCUGUGCACAUUUUUGACUACUGGUAUUUCAUAUGAUGAAGUUUUCAUUAUUACAGUCUGUGGUUUUUUACUUGACGAAGGGUGAAAGUAAAGUGAUGUUCCUUCAAUCAAAAAUUUUAUUCUAGGAAUUGAGGAUGAGGAUUUUUCCAACAUUAAUUUGUUGUAAAUUCCCUGUACUUAGAAUAAAUGUAUGAAACAUCAAUUUGAUUGAAAAUUUAAUUUAUUUUCCAGUAUAGUGCAAAAAUGUGCACCUUGGAAACAGCAUAUUAAAAUGUGCAAUUUACAUUGUUUUGACGUGAACAUAUAAGUAGAUGUAGUUGUUGUGAUGCUUGAAAGAACCAUUGAAUAUAUGUAUUUGUUGUGAUAUAUUGUAUUUUAUCUACGUUUUUAUGACAUGGAGGAGUAGUGCUAGUUGUCCUACAAUCGUUGUGAACAGAGACCUAGUUGUAAUAACCAGUGCUGAAGCUAAGAGAGCUUUUGAUAUUCAUAAAACUGUUCUCGUGCUCAAACGUAACUUCUGUGGUGAAACCCAUUUCCUUGUUCCGCUGAUGAAGUCCAAGUGCUUUGGUAGACUUCAAUUUUUGACUGGCACGAUUUACAAGAGAGUUGGUUGGAGCAGAGAUACCAAGCUUGAGCAUGAGAAUGGGUUUAGGAAGGACCCAGGCUGAUCUUUGUCUGGUAUUUCAUUACAUUGGUGCCAAGCACAAAUUAAUAAUGUAUUCUUAUGUUUCGUUAGAGAUGACCAAUUUUAAGCUUCAUCAUGUUUGUAAUCAAAUCUGAAAGAGAAAACAUCUUCUUUUUUAGAGUCCUUCCUGAAACAGUAUUUUUUUUUUAUAUUGUUACAUCGGAUGAUUUUAUAUCAACUACUAUUAAAGUAUUUUAAAGCAAACUUUUUUUAUUUCAUAGAUUAUACACUUGUGUAUUUCUAAUUUCAGAGAAUUUUAUUAGUGAAAUAAACUUCAGUCCUUGUAUUACAAAGAGGUCUUUGGUGACAAGAUUGUAGAUUUUUUGAAAGAACAAUGCAAACUGUUGUAUAGAGAUGUACUAAGUCAUGUAGUUAUGCACUGUAAUCAUAUUCCAUCAGCUUGGACACUUUUAACUGUCACAGCCAUUCAUGACUUUUAUCAUCUCAAUAAUUCCAAAGAUUUUUUCAUCGUUGUACAAUUAAAAUAUCAUUAAGUCAAAAGAUUUCAAAUCUCCCCCCGCCCUCUCCUCUCACUGCAUUCCUAGUAUACGUUUCACAAUCGAAUUCCUCACAGAUUUCUCUGCCUCUCCUUUCACAGUUUUGGUCAGAUACCACAGAAAAGUUUGUUUUUUGGUAUGUGUGGGUGGAAAAUGUGCAUUUUAUCCAAAAAAAAAUAAUUCAUGGACUUUUUUGUAAUGGUCACCAUAUAACACUUUGUCUAAAAGUGAGAAUUUUUGGUUAUUUUUUUUAAUUGAUCCAUGAUACAAAGCGAAUGUUUCAUUUAACUUUUACAUAACUUACCUGUAUGAACAAAUUGUAUAUGACUUUUAAAUCAUGUGAGGCAUUUAAACUCACGAUAUUCUUUAAAGAUUAAAAUUGCGCAUUGAGAAAUGUGUUCUUCAAAAGUUGAAAUUGCAAGUUGAGAAAUGUGUUCUCAAACACAUGUUGAUAUCUUGAAGAGCUUUAAAGAAAUUUAUUUACGAUCUGCACUAUUAAAGAUAAAAUUUCAUAUGCAGGGUACCUUUCAGAAAUGAAAACGUUAUUAAAGAUUUCUUACAUGUUGUCUCACUUGCUGAGAGUUCUCUGCACAUGGUCAGCAGAUUUUUUCUGCAAUAGUUUGUUGAGAACUUUAAAUUCUGAAUUUGUCAUAGUAACGCAAGCCUCCAUAUAUGGUAGCUCCCUUAGCAACUCUCUCAUUUGACUCUCAGUGUACUGUCCGACCUUGCUUCAUUUGUAUAUAGAGACUUUAUUUAUAAGAAAUCCUUUCCAACUUAAAUGUUGCUGUUGACAGGCACUGGCUUCUUAUAUUCAGUUAUGUUUAAAAGAGAAAAUUUCAGUUUUUUCCUUUUCUGAAUCGCAGUACACGUAUGCGUUUUCACGUUUUCAUCAGAAAUAUAUAUAGAAAUUACUUUCUUUAAAAGAGAGCAUAUCAGGUUUACUUUUUCCGAAUUGCAGUACAUGUAUUAGGAAAGUGUCAUAAGAAAAUAAAAUAUUGAUGUUGAGUUUUGAAAAAUCUACUAUUAUUACUGAAUAAAAUACAUGCGUUUUAACAAAAUAUAAGUGAUUCCAAAAAUUACAAAAAGAGUAUUAUUAAUAACUACACAAAAAAAUGGGUUUUAAUGAUAUUGUCGGGGGGAAAUAUUUUAUUUCGAAGUGUGAUCGUAAUUGAAAACAAUUUUUUUUCAAAUUUGAAAAUGUGUUGGGUAACCGACACCUGUGUUUAGGAUUUUUAAUACAUGAUCGUAAAAUUUUGCUGUAUUUGUAGACUCCAAGAUGAUUUUCUAAUUUUGUUUAUUACCGUAGAAAAGGUAGUAUCAUUCUCCUGCUAUAUGUAAGUCAAAUCCAAAUGCUAUCUCCCGACUGCAGUUUGUCUGUCUCUACGCCUGUGAGGAACACUGUACAUUACUAUGAGUAAUAAAACACUAGUCAUGAA